UGAAUAUUUUGCAAUGUCCUCGUCGUCGUCAUCAUCAAUGAGCGCCUUGAAGCUAAAGACGGUGUCAGAAGCAAACCCUAACGACGCCGCGAAGAAGGCUGAGACGGUGGAUCUCGGAAACGGAAGCGACGUCGUUUUCAUUCAGAGGUUAAUACCUUCCGAACAAUCAUGGAAAUGGUUCCAUUACCUCGACAACCACAUCCCAUGGACCAGACCCACCAUUCGCGUCUUCGGUAAAUCGUUCCUCCAGCCUCGAGACACUUGUUAUGUUGCAUCUUCAGGAUUGACUGAGUUGAGUUACAGUGGAUACCAGCCACAUGCAUAUUCAUGGGAUGAUUAUCCACCGCUUAAAGACAUCUUGGAUGCUAUUGCUAUGUUGAAAAACUCGUGUAAAACUGCAAUCAAGGAAUUGAAGCAUUGGAUGACUCCGGAAAAGGUCCAAACAUCCCUCACUACAUUUCCUGCUUCAGCUGAAAUAGUGUCUGAACCACUCGGAGUUGUGUUGGUCAUUUCUGCAUGGAACUAUCCAUUUUUGCUGUCACUUGAUCCAGUUAUUGGAGCUAUUGCAGCCGGUAAUGCUGUCGUCUUAAAACCAUCAGAAAUUGCUCCAGCCACAUCAGCAUUGCUUGCAAAUGCUUUGUGUUGUCCUUGUUGUUCUGAACACGUAAGAGUGAGUGUGGAUAUGUUAAAGAGGAGAGAGAACUCAUAG